AUGCGCACCAGGCGCGCCAGCAUGUGGCGUCGCGGGAUGCUGCGACCCGCUGGGCUCUGGCUCCUGUGGCGGCGACCUCCGGCGGCGGGGGUACCCCAGAAGACCCUCAGCCUCGGGAAGGUCGCUGCCGCCGUCUCUUUCCCAAGCAGCAGCUCGUCCAGGGCCCUAAAUAUCUUCGACCGGGAUUUGAAGAGGAAACAGAAGAACUGGGCAGCCCGGCAGCCCGAGCCGGGGAAGUUUGACUACCUGAAAGACGAGGUUGGAAGUCGAAUUGCAGACCGUGUAUAUGACAUAGCCAGAGAUUUCCCACUUGCUUUGGAUGCUGGUUGUGGAAGAGGUUACAUAGCACAAUAUUUGAAUAAGGAAACUGUUGGGAAGUUUUUCCAAGUAGACAUUGCAGAAAAUGCUUUGAAAAAUAUCUUAGAAACAGAAAUUCCUACUAUCAGUGUUUUAGCUGAUGAAGAAUUCCUUCCCUUCAGAGAAAACACAUUUGACCUGGUGGUUAGCAGUUUAAGUUUGCACUGGGUGAAUGAUCUUCCUAGAGCACUUGAACAGAUUCAUUAUGUUUUAAAACCAGAUGGAGUGUUCAUUGGUGCGAUGUUUGGAGGUGACACCCUCUAUGAGCUUCGGUGUUCGUUACAGUUAGCAGAAAUAGAAAGAGAAGGAGGAUUUUCUCCACACGUUUCUCCUUUCACAUCUGUCAAUGACCUAGGACAUCUGCUUGGGAGAGCUGGCUUUAAUACACUGACUGUGGACACUGAUGAAAUUCAAGUUAACUAUCCUGGAAUGUUGGAAUUGAUGGAAGACUUACAAGGCAUGGGGGAGAGUAACUGUGCUUGGAAUAGAAAAGCCCUCCUGCACCGAGACUCAAUGCUGGCGGCCGCCGCGGUGUACAGAGAAAUGUAUGGAAAUGAGGAUGGUUCAGUACCUGCCACAUACCAGAUCUAUUACAUGAUAGGAUGGAAAUAUCAUGAUUCACAGAUCUCUGCUAAUGGUGCCAGCAGCUAUCUCACUGGGCUGCAUCUGAGCAGGUGUGUUCAACUUCAUCCUCUCACUGUCAAGUGCCAGGUGGUGGCUCUUGUUUGUUUAACACUGAUGUUGAAAUAAACGCAGCAGAAACAAGUCCAUGUCACUUCACAUGGGAUGAAGCAGAAAACUGGCCUCACCAUUCAGGAAAAAAAAAAGUAUGAGUGCUGAGUUGGUGCUCACUGGUCAGUGGGAAGCUAUUAGUUGUCCUUUUCACUUAACUGGGCGUGACCCCACACUCCUUUGCAGUCUUAGGUAAAUACUAGAGUGUUCGCUUGCAUCUCUCUUUUGCCUGCCUUCCCUCUUUGUACCAUCCAAAGUCCAAAUUUUUCCUGGGUAGAGGCUGUGUCUACCCUGUACAUAGCAUAGUGCUCUGCACAUAGUAGAUACUCAGUUAUAUUCUGAAUUUAAUUAUGUGAAAAACGUACCCUUUGAAAGACUAAGUUACAAUUAAAAACCAAAAUUUGUAGUAGGAAAUAAAAUGUUCUUGCUCUCUUCAGUUAGGACAUUCAUUGAUUGGUAUUAGCAAUUGGGGUAUUCUUGGUAGCUUGUUUGUUGUAUUUUUAGUGCAAAGAGAAAGAAUACCUACAAAGUGGAAUUGGGGGAAUUUUUUUUAGCUUAAUUUCCAGAAUUUGAGGGGGGAAAAAACAAAACAAAAACCUGUGGAUUAAAAUGUGAACUGGUAACUGAGAAACAGAUAAAUUCCAUGGUGCUUGUGCUUCCUAAAAGACACGUGUUUAUAUGCAUUUAUAUUUGUUUUUGAAGAAUGCAUACAAAAUUAUUAAGUUAUUGCUAAGGAAAGGGACUGAGGAUCUCUGUGUCAUGUUGAAUGUUAGGGUUACAGUGGGUGGGCAGACAAAAGGAGGGAGUCUUACACUUUUCAAUUUUUUUUAUCUUUCUGUACAUUUUGAAGUUUCUUACCAUGGAUAUUUGUUUAUAUCAUGUCAACAGUGAAUCUGUGGAUGAUGGGGUGGGCUAUCUCAAAAAUAAGUUCCACUGAUUAAAAAAAACUAAAGGAAAGAAAAAUUAACACAACUAAUCAAGGAUAUAUUUAAAUAAAAUUAUUUUAGUAAUUUUUUUACUAAAAUUUUUAUAUAUUUAAAUAAAUUAUUUUAGUUUUACUGAAUUUUUUAAAUUAUAAUUAAUUGUAAUUGUAAUUAAUACCUGCUUGAACUAUCAAGAUUUAUUUGCAGUCAUCAGGAAAUUCAUUCUUUUCAAUAGCCUUGUUUUCCAAAUGACCAAGAACUUGUGUGUAAGUAAUGCUUUAAAAAGAGUCUUAUUAAAAAUAUUUCCAAAGUAUGUUAUAUUCUUCAACAUAACCAUUUCUUUAUAACUCCACAAUUUUAUCAUAAACUCAAAUUGCUUUUUCCUAUAUUGACUGGCCCCAAAAAUGAUGUGGUUUGUCUUUCUUCCAACAUUUUUCGUAUUUGCUGUCAGUUGUCAGUUUCAACGGCUUGAUGAAAAUGAACUUUCUUGCCCUUUCUGAUCUGGAAGAUUAUAGAGUUCAGAUGGGAAGGUGUCUAGGACUCGUAUGUAAGGUAGGAGAGAGGAAUGAGGUUCUGGGAGAAGGACCCCCAUUUGCAGUAAAAUGCACGGGCUUCAUUGGCUCCCUUAAUCCUCAGUGAGGUCUCUGGGCUGGGCUUCCAGGUCUUUGCUCCUUCAGUCAGUUUGUCAGGGCUUCAGUGUGUGGACACGGGGACAUCUGGUGGCAUUUUUGUAAUAUUUCCUGGUUCUUAGCAGUUUCCAGGUUGUUGGCCUAGAGAAUUCCAGAGAUGGCAGUAUGUGUGACAAUUUAUAUUUAUAAAACAGAUUGUUUGCUUUGUAGAAAGAAUUUCUGUAGGAUUUGUUGAAAUGGAAGCUAUGGGUAGACAUCAGGUAUGUGAUGAUUGUAAAAAGUUACACUUACAGGGGUGUGUGUGUAGCUCCUGAAGUAUCUAGGAAGCAAGUUUUGUUUUUCAAGCCCUUUAAUUCCAUUUUUAUCCACUAGGUGGAAAAAGUUACAAUAUGGCCUGUAUUGAAGACAUACACAAUUUCUAUACUGAGUAUAUGUCCCUUAAGUAAGGAUGGAAUAAAAGAGUUUUACCAUGGACUGGCUUCUGUGUGGGAAACAAAUGAAUAUUGAUAGGUCUUUGGGAAACAGAAGGAUACUUGGCACAGUGAUGAUUAUUUUACUCCUGCAUAAGUUAUGUUAGCCUCUCUUGCCUAAGAUGAAAUAUUUUUAAGUUUUUUUGUGGGGAUUGGGGGCUGUUUUAUUUUUCUGUAGUUAAUGUGAGAUUUAUCUUAAGAGAACUUAGCACAGGUGGACCUGCCCUUUCAGAAAUUGCUGUACUUUAAUUCUCUGCCUGGAUAGUCAACAGAUAUUUAUCUUUCGGGUUUACAAAAUUUAAUUGGAAAAAAAUGGAAGGUACAGUGGGCCCUGGUAGGCUGUCAUUAACAAAUAAGGAAAUAAUGCUUUGUUUUCUGGUAGUUUUAAAUCUAUCCACAGUUUUUUUGAUAUGUUUCUCUCUAAGAAGUGGAGCUUCAUUCCCCUCCCUUUGAGUAUGGGCUGAAUUUAUUGAUUCCCUUCCAACAAAUGGAAUACGGAUAUGGUGGUGUGGCCCUGCUGAGGGAAGGUGACGAAAGGCAUUGCUCACCUUGCUGUCUGGGGUCUCUCACUGUGGGAAAGCCAGCUGUCAUGUCGCAAGGGCGUGCAAGCAGCACAGUAGAGAGGACACGGAGGUGAAGGACCGCCAGCACCUGAGUGAGCCAUCCUGGAAGCUGAUGCUUCAACCCCAGGCAACUUUCAGAUGACUGCAGUUUUGGCUGAUACCUGGACGGCAGCCUCAUGAGAGACCUUGAGCCAGAACCACCCAGAUAAGCCACUCCUAGAUUUUUUAAACUAAUACCUACUUGAAGUAUCUAUCAAGCUUUAAUUGUCUGCAACCAUUUGUGAGCCACAGACUGAGAUAAUAAAUGUUUGUUUAAGCCA